AUGGCUGCAGAGUGCCCUUGCACUGAUACUGUCCAGGCGGGGCGGUUCCUGGCUGUUCGUGCUCCGGAUUCUUUCUACAACUAUCAGGAUCUGGACAGGAAGGCUGACAACUACGAGCUGGCCGUGCUGCUGACAGCGGCUGUGCCCCUCGCUGACCACUACAUGCAGGUUGAAGCAGAUGUCCUGAUGAAGAAGGGCUUUAUGAAGACUCUGCAGAGCUUUGUCGCAUCGAAAGAACAGCAGAAGGAGCCUUGGCAUAUGAUCUCGCUGAGCCAAGAUGGGCAUCGUCGCAAGAUCUGGCGAUCCACCAGCUUGUUUGCCUUUGCAGGCAUCCUGACGAUCUUUCCGGAUGUACCACCCGACUCUCUGGUAUGGGACUUCAUUGACACGAUCAACAACCAGUCCGCACCCAAGGCUUGUGUCAUUGCCAGCCUCGCGACGAAAGUGAAGCGCGCCGACGUGUUGCUUCAGUACCACAAAGCAGAGGCUCUUAUCGAGCAUGUUGGCGACGUGUCAUCGCUGGAAGGGAAGGUCCAACGAAUACACGACGACUACUUCAAGAAACACAGUUUGAUAAGCUCGCUCUUCGACAACCCCGCCGCGGACAUCUACACUGCCGAUGCAAUGGGUGCAUCCUCACAGCUGCAGGCCACUUAUGGCAGCAGUGGGAUCUCCACUGGCCAGCCAAACGUCAAGGUCGGGACUUUAACGGUGAAAUACCUCGACGAUAUGGUUGGCCACGGGCAGGCUGUCCUGGAGCUGGUCUUCAAAUCGCCGACGACUGCCGGCUGCGUGGUGGAACUGCAGAACCUGUCUCGCGCCGAACUGAACGGCCAGCGCGGACUCUGCUUGGGUGCGCCUCCUGCAACUCCUGGUCGCAUCGGGGUCCGUUUGGACGACGGCCGAGAGGUCAGCGUGCCAGGGGCGAAGGCACGAGCCAUCAUCGGCUUCCGCGAGGUGGAUGGCAAGGGCAUCGGUGUCAUCGCGUUGUCCGCCAUCCCUGCAGGAGGCCUCCUCCUCCGCGAGCGUCCAGCCCUGUGCAUUGGCAGCAAAGCUCCGCGACCGCCAGCUGCGCUGCGGAAGGCCAUCCUCGAGCUCUGUGAUGCCUAUGCGGAUCGGCCGGAAGAGAAGACUCUCGAGGGCGUCUUGGCGACCAAUGCACUACCGCGUGGAGCCAAAUCCGAAGAGACUGUGUUGUGCUUGCUGGCCAGCAGAUUCAACCACAGCUGCUCUCCCAAUGCGGAGUACCUGUGGGUUGAGGAAUCACAGGUGGAGGAGGUCCGUGCCGUUCGGGCCGUUCAGCCGGGAGAAGAGCUCUGCGUCAACUACUUCGGUGAUGCUGUAAAGCUGCCGCGGACGGCGAGACAGGAGCAGUUGCGUGCUGGCUUUCGAUUCGAGUGUCGCUGCUCUGUGUGUGUGGCUGCCUCGCCGGAGUCUGAUCGGCAGCGGCAGCGGCUCACGCGCCUCAGCCGGGAGAUCUUGUCCUGCCGCAAUGCUCCGGAACGAGGGCUGCGGAUGGCUGAGGAGAUGCUGGAAAUCAUGGGUAAGGAAGGCAUCAGCGCUCCUCGAAGCGUGGCUCAAGUCUGCAACGACGGCUUCGAGCUCGCCUUACUCGCCGGCGACGGGCAGGAGGUGCAGUACUGGGCGCACCUGUCUUACGAGGCACAUCGAUUGGGCUGGGGUGAGGCCUACGAGAUGACGCGGCGGAUGCGACACUAUGCCCAGCAUCCUCCCACAUUGAGCCGGGGAGAAGGCCCGCACCAAUCCGCAAGGGGUACUAGUACCAGCAGGCCCGUGCCCGCUGAGGAGAACCGGAGCCCAAACAUGAAGGCCGUGAACCUCUCGGAGAAAGCAGAUCCAAGCGCCAGGACGUCGAUGGAUUCCAUGGAUUAG